CACAUCAGAUUAGAGCCUGUGACGGCCCCUCACCAGUGUGGGAGGUGCCCAGUGCAGGAGGGAGGCUGUGUUUGUGGCCACACUGAUAACAGGGACCCUUGGAGAAGAGUGAUCCUCUUGUAGAGAUGAUGAAGGGCCAAGGGAGAGUCAGUCCUGCAACUGCAGUCCCAGCAGAAGAGAGAAGCUGCUCCUGGCUGAACAUCUGGGUCUUCCUUAUUUUUGCCCUUGCAAUCAAAUCUGCCUUUGUGACCCUCUGCCUUGUGGCUCUACUCGAUGGAAGCUAUGGCCAGUGCAAGCCUCUCCUCCAGAACUCUACAGAGUGGUGCUGUGUCCCUAGCAGUUCUGCAGAAAAAAUGGAUGGCUGGAUGUGCUGCCCAAAGGGCUGGAGAUUCUUUCAAGCAAGUUGCUAUUACCUGUCCCCUGACACAAUGUCAUGGGCUGGGAGUGAGCAGAACUGCACUGGGAUGGGCUCCCAGCUGGUGGUGAUCAACAGCAAGGCAGAGCAGGAGUUCCUCUUCAACUUGACAAAAGAAAAAGUAACUAACAUCUAUGAAACAAAAUACUACAUAGGCUUAGCUGCCUACAAAACUGGGCAGUGGCAGUGGGUGGAUCAGACUCCAUAUGAAAAUACAGCCACGUUCUGGAAGCCUGGGGAGCCAAAUUUACUCUUUGCAGAAAAAUGUGCUGCAAUUCAUGUCAAAGGAAACACAGACCCCAACACUUACAGUAACUGGAAUAAUGUCCUUUGCAUCACAAGUUGCUAUCGAAUUUGUGAACAGGCAGUCAAACUUCUCUGA